AUGAGAUUGUUGUUUCUUCUUGGAUUCCUCUUACAAGCGUUAGGUGUGAUGGGUUAUCCCAAAUCCGUCGAUCAACUCGAAGGACGUGAUUUGACUGGCUUUGAAUCGAACCGCCCGAACAAACUUUCCAAGCGCACGUUAUCGACAACCAAAAACUCCGUAUUUUGUCCUGCUGCAGGUCCCGACGGCACUAGAUUUGAUUUGAAAGAUUACAACAAAUGCAUGACUGCUUUGAUCUCACGCCAUGUCCCAUGUGCUUACUUCAAGGAUAUAGUUAUGUUUGUCGAAACGGAGUCCGGUGAAAACGCCGUGUUUGAGGACGCCUCACCCAGUGUCGUUAGACACAUAAUGGACGUCAGGCUCAAUGAUGAAUGUCUGGUUGAUAACCCAGUCAAGCCUAGGAGCAACCUACCAGACCCACCAUCCGCGGAUCUUGGUAAAUCAAUCCAGGUACUGUUUUAUGAUAAUGAUACCCCUAGCAAGCAAGUCAUCACGUGUACAGUGGGUAAACCCGAGUACGUGUUCCGACCUGCCCUGCAAAAUCAAAUUUCACCUUUCGGGUCAAUGUCGGGGCACUCAAUUUGA